AGACGUGCGGAUUGUUCAUCUUUCUCUCAAAAAAACAUCACUCUUUAACCGCAACCAAUGGUAGAAAAACGUUCCACUGACGUGGGCCAAUCAGAUUAAAGAGCAUGAAAGAGCUUCAGCAGCACGAGCCGCUCAGCACCAGAGUCUGAGAUGGAGACAUCAAGAGUCACUCUCAUCGCUCUCGUGUGUGUUCUGUUCUUCAGUCAGAAGAGGAUCUCUGGAGCAGAAGUGGAGAUGAGAGUCAGACCAGGAGACGACGUCACUCUCUACUGUGACUGUGUUUGGAGAGAUGGAUUUUAUCCGGUGUGGUUUAAAAACUGCUCAGAAAAAGAUCAUACUCCUGUUAUCAUCUCUAGUUACAAUGUGAUUCAUGGUGAUUUUCCACGUUAUUCGUUUCUGUUGAACGUUUCCAGCAACACUCAAAAUCUGCUGAUUAAAAACAUCACAGAAUCAGAUCAGGGCCUGUACUACUGCGCUCUGAGUGAGAAGAAGGUUACAGACAAUGAAAAAGGUCCAAUACAGAGCACUGACGUUUAUCACUAUGGAAACAGAUCAACUCGACUCUUUGUACUCGCAGAAGCCUGUCACAGUGUAUCAGAUGGAUGUGUAAGCUGUGUAAGCUGGAGUCAGGUGUUCAGUGUGUGUGUGUGUGUUGUGUGUGUUCUCCUCUCCUCACUCCUCUCCUCCAUCUGUGUGUACUGCGUCUGCACAAACACCACUAAAGCGAGAGUCAAAGCUGAUCUGACAGGAAGUGACAAAAAGACGACUCUGAGACGUGAAGAAGUCGGAGAUGAUGAGGUUUGUUAUGCCUCACUGGACACCCAAAAGCUCGAGAGGAAGAAGAUGAAGAGGAAGAAGAGAAUUCAGCACUUUGAUUUCAGCACAUACUCAGAGGUCAGAACUGAGAGAACUGAGAGAACUGAGAGAUUCUGA